GAUUAAACUCUGUGGUGUAGUGGAUUGUACAAUACUGAUCACAAUGUCAAUUCAAGCUUUAGUAACUAAGAAACGCAAGGAAUUUAUUGGACUGCCUGCUCCUUUGGGAUAUGCUGCUGGCAUAGGACGUGGUGCUGUUGCAUUCACCACAAGAUCUGAUAUUGGUCCAGCUCGUGAGGCUACUGAUGUUUCAGACGAGCGACAUGUCGCUCCUUCCAAACGCCGUAAAGAGCAAGAAGAGGAAGAGGAGGAUCUUAAUGAUUCAAAUUAUGAUGAAUUUACAGGUUAUGGUGGUAGUUUGUGCGCUAAAGAUCCUUAUGAAAAAGAUGAUCAAGAAGCGGAUGCCAUUUAUGCUUCUAUUGACGACAGGAUGGAUGAAAGAAGACGUGACUAUCGAGAGAAACGUUUUCGAGAAGAGAUUGAAAAGUAUCGACGAGAAAGACCAAAAAUUCAACAACAAUUUAUGGAUUUAAAACGAGAUUUAGCUAGUGUUUCAGAAAGUGAAUGGAAUGCUUUACCAGAGGUUGGAGAUGCACGAAACAAACGACAAAGAAAUCCAAGAUAUGAACGUUUUACUCCAAUCCCGGAUAGCAUUAUUGCAAAAGGCUUAACUGAGGGUCAGACGAAUGUUUCUGUGGAUGCAGUAGAACAAAGUUUAGGCGGUUUAACUACACCGUUCACAUCACAAUCAGCUCAGAUGGAUAUUGAUAUGAAAAAAAUUGGUGAAGCACGUACAUCUCUAAUGGACAUCAAGUUAACACAGGUUUCUGAUAGCGUAUCCGGACAGACUGUUGUCGAUCCCAAGGGCUAUUUGACAGAUCUACAGUCGAUGAUUCCUCAACAUGGUGGUGAUAUAAAUGAUAUGAAGAAGGCUAGACUGUUAUUGAAAUCAGUGCGUGAAACUAAUCCAAAACACGCUCCUGCUUGGAUCGCAUCCGCUCGAUUAGAAGAAAUAGCUGGUAAACUACAGGUGGCUCGCAAUUUAAUUCUUAGCGGUUGUGAAGAAUGCCCAAAAUCAGAAGAUAUUUGGCUUGAAGCGGCAAGGCUUGUACCACCUGAACAAGCGAAAUCCGUUGUGGCCCAGGCUAUACGUCAUUUACCACAAUCAGUUCGACUAUGGGUUAAAGCUGCCGACUUGGAAACUGAGCAUAAAUCUAAAAAAGUGGUAUACAAAAAAGCACUGGAACAGGUUCCCAAUUCAGUUAGAUUAUGGAAGUUAGCUGUUGAAUUAGAGGAUGAAGAUGAUGCUCGACUUAUGCUAACAUUAGCUGUUGAAUGUUGUCCAACAUCAGUUGAAUUAUGGCUGGCUUUGGCACGUUUAGAAACCUAUGAACAAGCCAGAGUUGUGUUGAAUAAAGCUCGUGAAAGUAUACCCACAGAUAGACAGAUUUGGUUUGCAGCUACUCGUUUAGAAGAAGCUCAGGGUAAUCUUGGAAUGAUACAGAAAAUUGUUGAUCGUGGUGUUGCAUCCUUGCACGCCAAUAUGGUUGAAAUUAAUCGUGAUCAGUGGAUUAAAGAUGCUGAGGAAUGUGAGAAAGGAAAAAGUAUUCUCACUGCGCAAGCAAUUAUUAAAGCGAUAAUAGGAUACGGUUUAGAAGAACAAGAUAAAAAGCACACAUGGUUAUCAGACGCAGAGAAUUGUGCUGCUAAUGGAGCAAUUGAAUGUGCUCGUGCUAUUUACGCCGUAGCAUUGGCACACUUUCCGAAAAAGAAGAGUAUUUGGUUACGAGCUGCUUAUUUUGAACGAAAUUACGGGACAAGAGAAACUUUGGAGGAACUUUUACGUCAAGCAGUUUGUCAUUGUCCUCAGGCAGAAGUGCUCUGGCUUAUGGCAGCAAAAACACGUUGGCUUGCGGGUGAUGUACCUGCAGCACGUUCUAUACUUGCACGUGCAUUUGAAGCAAAUCCUAAUUCAGAAGAGAUAUGGUUAGCAGCUGUAAAACUUGAAUCAGAAAAUAAAGAAUAUGCACGUGCACGUCGUCUGUUAGAUAAGGCGUGUGCAUCUGCAUCAACUGCUCGUGUAUGGAUGAAAUCAGCUAGACUAGAGUGGUGUUUAGGUGAAUUCAAUAAAGCAUUAGAAAUGCUUGAAAAAGCUACAACAACAUAUUGUCAAGCACCAAAGUUAUGGUUGAUGCUUAGUCAAAUUUGUGAACAAAUUUCAAAUGAUGAAGAUAAAAAACCAGAAGAAGUGAAUUCACUCAGAGAACGUGCAAGAAAAGCUUAUCGUGAAGGUCUUAAUCAUAAUCCACACUAUACUCCACUGUGGUUACAGUUGGCCAGAUUUGAAGAACGACAGGGUAAUUUGACUAAGUCGCGUUCAAUAUUGGAGAAGGCUCGUUCACAAAAUCCUAAAACACCUGAAUUAUGGUUAGAGGCUAUCAGGUUAGAAACAAGAGCCAAUUUAAAACCUGUUGCUGAAUCACUCCUUUCAAAAGCUCUUCAAGAAUGUCCAGCAUCAGGUUGUCUAUGGGCUGAAGCAAUAUUCAUGACUCCAAGAGCUCAACGCAAAAGUAAAUCCGUAGAUGCAUUAAAGAAAUGUGAACAUGACCCAUUGGUUCUUUUAGCUGUAUCCAAAAUGUUCUGGUGUGAAAGACUGGUCAUGAAGGCGCGUAAUUGGUUCACAAGAACAGUGAAACUAGAACCUGAUCUUGGUGAUGCAUGGGCUUAUUUUUAUAAAUUGAACUACAACAUGGCACAGAAGAUCAACAAAAAGAAGUGUACAAACGUUGUGUCAACGCGGAACCGCGUCAUGGUGAAGUAUGGUGUCAAAUUAGUAAAGAUCCUAAAAAUUGGCGGUUGAAAACGAAAGAUCUUUUGCCAAUUGUAGCUGAAACAAUUGUUUUGCCGACUUAACAGAGAAUUUUGUAUUUCUAGUAAGGAGAAAGUAAACCAGUAUAUAAAUACAUACAUAUAUAUAU